CAUUUUCCUCAAAUCAAAUCCGUCUUCGCGCCGCCGCCACCACCACCUCAACCUCCUCCUCCUCUUCUCUUCGAGUCAAAUUAUUUACAAAGAUGCCAUCGGCGGCAAUGCUGCAAAUUUCGUCGCCGGCCAUCUCCUCAAACUGUUCUUCUUUCUUCGCUCCCAGCUGUCUCAACAUCAACACAAGGUCACCGUCAAAGGUUUGCUUUGCGAAGAGAAAUGAUAAGAAUUUCAAGUGCGUGGCAGUGCCUGAUACUGAGAAACCUACUACUUACACGACAAAAGUUCCUCGCAACGCAAAUAUGGCAAAGCUUCAAGCUGGUUAUCUAUUCCCCGAAGUAAGUGUUCAGUUCCUAUCUUCUCUUUUACUUUUCAGCGGUGAUGUUUUGUGACGCCCCUGGGUUCAC